UUGCUGUUCUGAUCUCUGUAGAUUAGACUCUUUUAUAUUCGAUCUUUCUUUAUUUCUUGAUAGACAUGUUUGAGAAGAAGUAGAAAGGGAGGUUUUUGUUACCAGUUGGCAUUCUUAGCAUUUUAAUGCAUAGAGAAUUUUGAUAAAUCAUAUUAGAUUUGUUCAGCUUUAAAUUGAAACAGAUUGUUAAUUCCACAAUCGAAAGACAGUUCCUGUAAGACUCUUCUCUGAACGCUGACUGCCACAGCAUUUCAUCUAAAGACACACAGAGUUUGACAAUGACGUCCAUGAAGAUGUGGUAUCUCUUGCUUCUCGCUGCCUUCCUGCCCAUUGUUCCCACAGUGGCUGAAGUGGUUAAGUUGGUGUCCGACUGUGCAGAGUUUCUCCUUGAUGCAAAGCCACCACAUGUCCCAGGCAUCUUGGAGGACGGGCUCAUUCAGGACCAGAAUCGCUACAAACUCAUAUGCCAGACGUUGGAAGACAAGAGAAAGUUUCUGACGCUUUACGACACUGAGAACAAGAUUCCAGUGUUUUCUGCCUUAAAGUACAUUGGGGAUGGAGGAGCACCAAAACCCCCAAACGAAUGGAUGAUAGAGCCACAGCUUGAGAACAAAAAUGACAAGAACAAGAACAUGUGUGAUGAAGACAGAGACAGGACCUACACCAAGCAGGCUGUGGACAAUGAUUACAACGACAACAAUUUAAAACUUACCAGGGGACAUUUAAUUGCAAGCACUUAUGGGUUCCAGACAUCUGGCAAAAAGUCCACCUAUACCCUGACCAACAUCGUUCCACAAGAAAAAACAUUCAACCAGGGAAGCUGGGACAACAUCGAGAAGGGCAUCAAAUAUGUUAUGGACGAAUAUUGCAAAGACAACAGUGGUUCUAUUAAAGCCUAUGUAGUAACUGGAGCAAUACCCAGCAACAACAACAAACAACUCAAUAACAGGGUUAAUAUUCCCUCCAAGCUCUGGUCAGCAUUCUGCUGCUGCAGCCCCAAAGAGAACAAAUGGAUCACAGGCGCACACUGGGGCGACAAUGUUCCAGAAAUUUUAUCUAAAAAGCCUAAAAAAACUCUGCCCACUAAGACUCUGGCAGAACUCAAACAACAACUGGGGAUAGAUGUGUUUCCUGAUACAAUGUGUCCUGUUUCUUUGGUUUUCACAAACAGUAAUAAACGCCAACGCCCCCGCUCUACUUCAACCCCUUUUUCCUGUCCCACUUAACAUCUUCCCCGUUCACACCCACAUUUGGCCGUGCCACCAAGACAUAUCCUCCCCUCUCACUAAAACAUCUGGUCCACUAUAUCUAGUCCCGCCACAUCUACAUCUGCCUCUCUCUUUACUACAUCUGUGAGUACAGAUGUGUCUGUGGGGUUCUAGACUUCAAUUUGUGAUUAUUCAUUAUGUUUAAUAUUUACUGAAGUUUUAAAAAUUAAACAGCAACAUGUACGCAUAUAUAAAAUGAACUAAUCAAGAUAAUACAUCGGCUUAAUGGUUCAAUGCAGAAUUAACAACCUGAAAAUUGUUCUAUCACAAAUGUUUGAAUCUUCAGGCUAAGCUGUUUUUUACAUUUUACUUUACUUUUUGUUUAAUUUCAUUUGUUAUAAUGACGGUGCUGUGAAUAAGAGAAAAUGUCUUUUGCAUGGCUUCAGAUGGAAGACACAGUAAAUGUACACGAGGAUGUGAAUGAAAUAAACUGCAGACGUCUGAUA